AAGCCCGCCAUGAUAAAAUUACCAUGACAAUCACAAUUUUGUUUGACAAGUUUACGUUGUCGUUGAUGUGCAACUGAAAAUAAUUAUUGAUCUAACAGGUAAUCGUAAAGACGUAUUUAUUGUGCUACCUACCAUUAGAAUCAUGGAUAAAGUUUUUCAAAUUCAGAAUCAAGCUCGAAAUAAUGUAAAAGAGUUACAAACUUACAUGACAGACUUGCAGAAUUGGGAAGCAGAGAUGAAAAGAAAAGAGGCUGCUUUGAACGGUGCUUUCGAACAGGAUUUGCCUCCAGUUCGUAGCAAGAUAAAGAAAGAAAAACCUGUGGUUCCGAAAAAGAAACCUGAGCAGAAGAUCAAGGGUUCUGAUUAUUCAGCAUGGGACAAGUAUGAUGUUGAUAAAGCUUGCGAGGAUAUAGACAUGGAAGACGUAGGCCCAACUUCUUUGGACGGCAAGAAGAGUCAGCAAGCUAAGCUGGAGAAACUCAAGGAAGAAGCCCAAUAUGAGAAGGAAAGGGGCAACACAUUUGUGAAGCAAGAGAAAUGGGAUGAGGCAAUAUCCUGCUACAACAGAGCUAUAGAACUGGUCAAAGAUGACGCCAUUUAUUAUGCUAACAGAGGACUGUGCUACCUAAAGAAAGAUAGUCUUCACCAAGCUGAAUCUGACUGCUCAGAGGCGUUGCGCCUCGACCCAACCUAUGUAAAAGCUCUUCAACGGAGAGCCACUGCCCGGGAACGGCUCGGUUCACUCCGGGCUGCCUCUCAUGAUCUCAAUGAAGUGCUCAAACUGGAACCACAUAAUACUGCAGCUAGGAAACAAUUAGAAGCCAUUAAGACUAGAAUGGGGACGAAAGGGGCUAAAUCAAAAUCGUCACCGGUUACGACGCCUACGCCUGAGAACAAACCUAUAGUGAAACCUAAAAUGCAGCCAAAGAUAGUAGAAUUACCUUCAGAGCCGGCCGUGGCUGGCCAGCUCAUCGCCGACGACUGGAGAACGGGGGUCGGAGAGAACAUCAUGGUCAUCAAACCCGUAAAGAAACCACCACAUUUAAGAUCUAAGAGACCUCUAAAGUCCAUACCAAUCCAAGAAGUAUUACUAGGAGAGAAAACACCAGAAAAGCCGCCGACUCGGCUUAAAAUUGUUGAUAUUGAGGACAAUCUCUCCCAGGGAGACUCUAACAACAAUGACUCCAACAAAAAAGACUCUCAUGGUAAAAUAGAUGCCUGCGGUGAAGGGGAGAAGAAGGUUGCUAGUCCGGAGUCAGUGAAGCUGGUCUCCGAAGCUAUAGUUACGGAGAAAAUAAAGAACUUUGUACCACCAAUAAAUAGUGUUCAAUUUAUGUCGGAAUGGAAGUACAUGAAGGGACAGUGGGAUGCCAUGGCUGAAUAUUGGAGUCUAAUAGAACCGUCAAAGAUACCGUCCAUAUUCGCGAACGCGCUGGAGAGCUCCGUCGUGUCCGAUGUGAUACAGGUGCUACACUCCUGCCGAGACAAGUUCCGCGGCCGCACCGCCGCGUACCUCGCCGGCAUCGCCAACGUACCACGCUUCUCUGCCCUCGCAAUGUUCCUCUCACAUACUGAUAAACAGAUGUUAACGACCCUUCUCGAGGAUUGUAAGCAGUCUGAAAACUGUACCGACGAAGUCAUAGCUGAUCUUAAGAACAAAUAUGAACUGUGAACUAAGCACUCCUUGUUAAUAUUAACUUCUUAGUUCUACGCAGAAUGUAUUGUGGGUAAUUAUUUACGAAAUUACAUAUUUUAUCGAAUAACUUACUAA